AUGUCUUCUACCACGAAGAAAGCGGACCGGCCUCGGGAAGACACCAAAAUUCUCUUCGAUCAUGAGUUAACGAAUGCACCUGGAAAAUCCAUCGUUGGAGUUCACCUGGAUUAUCCACCCAACGGAUUUACUCCUCCCCAUCGUCACGGCGGAGCCACCGUAGUUGCCUAUGUCAUGGCCGGCGAGUUUACAAGCGGCAUGAAUGGCAACCCGCCAAAGGCAUAUAAGCCUGGAGAAACAUUUAUCGAGCUCCCCGGAUGUCAUCAUACUGUGGCAGAGAACAAUUCACAAACUUCCUCCACACAGGCCAUUGCAAUUGUUGUGGUGGAUACUGAAGUGCUCAAGACUGGUGGUUAUGCGGCUUUGACCGUCCUUGAUGAGGGUUGGUAA